AAAAUUUAAAUAUCAUUGUUCACACUCACCACAAAAUGGACAUCAUCAGUAUGUUUUUGAUAUUUUUGAGUACGGUGCUUCUGCCGUCUUCGUCUCUCGCUCACGCACGUCGCGUCUCAUCAGACUCCAUUCUGGAUAUCAUCGACACGCGUAACGUUCAACGAAUUUUAGCAGAACGUCGUGCCAAUGAAUCGCGUCAAAGCAAACGGUUUCUCAUCCAGAACAACAUGCGACUUGAGCAACAGCAGCAGCAAAAUCGAGCUCCAAUGGAUGAUCAAUUCGACGACGAAAGUACCAUGUAUGCUCCGGAAGUUAUAAACUUCGACUUCAACGAUCGUCAUGCUGGCUUACCAAUUCGCGGUGAAAUUGUUACUUACAACGAUUCGAUGCCAACUUACAAUACUGGCCAAGAAAACGCGGAUCUCUUGAACGACUUGCAAGCGUAUCGCGGAGAUAAGAUCUUGAAAAGCAGCAAAAACGCUUUGUACAUCACACGCAAGGAAUAUCUGAAAAAAGAUUGGUGCAAAACAGAACCUUUGAUCCAGAGGAUAAAAGAAGAAGGAUGUCUCACCCGAACAAUCAUCAAUCGUUUUUGCUAUGGCCAAUGCAACUCAUUCUAUAUCCCCAAGGGACCAAGUAGGAGACGUCGCAAUAAUGCACGUCGUUUCAAAUCCAACGGAGACUUCGAAGACGAAGAUCUAACAGGUGCCAUGUUCAAAUCCUGCGCCUUUUGCAAACCCAAAAAGUUCGCGUGGAUCAGUGUGACCUUGAGAUGUCCUUCAAUGGUGCCACAGCUACGAAGGAAACGCAUCCAAAGGAUCAAACAAUGUCGAUGUAUGGCGGAACCUGUCGACUAAAAAAAACAUUAGUUUAAUUUUAAACGUUUUUCACUCCCUGGAUGGACUGAAAAUCCAAAAAUUUGUAAAACGUGACAUGUUUUAAGUCUCGUUUCUAAUUCAAAAAUAACCGUUA